GGUCCACGGAAAGAGGUUCUCGUGGUUUCAUAGUUUUUUAAAGCAAAGCGGAGAGGGAAUGGCGGCGGCGGAACUCGGCGAGGACGAAGCCGCCUCUCAUCGCACGAUCCUCGAUCGAAAACCCUAAUCUCUUCCUCUUGGUCAGCAAUGGGCGCUUUUGCUUCCUCUCUCUUCCCAUCCUCUUCCUCGGAGCCCCCACAAACCCUACCCUCCGCAAUGGAGUCCCCAUCUCCUCCUCCUCCUCCUCCCCCUCGUCCAAAUCCCGAACCCGAUCAACAAUCCGAAGCUCAAAUCCCCUCGGAGGAACCAAAUCCCUCCUGCGAGGAUGAAGAGAAGCAGGGAGGAGAGGGAGAGGUGGUGGUGGAGGAAGAAGAAGAAGAAGAGGAAGAGGCGGAGUGUGGGUUUUGCUUGUUCAUGAAGGAAGGGGGUUGCAAGGAUCCGUUCAUAGCGUGGGAGGAGUGCGUCAAGGACGCGGAGAACAGCGGCGAGGACGUGGUGGAGAAGUGCGCCAAGGCCACCGUGCUUCUGAAGAAGUGUAUGGACGCCCAUGCCGACUACUACGAGCCCCUGCUCAGGGCGGAGAAGGCCAUGGCCGACGCCGUCGCCAACGAUGCUGAUUCGGAGCGACGCGAAGAGGAGAAGCUCCCGGAACCGGAAAUCGAGAUCGAAAAGUGUGAGCACAGAGGAUUUCCACCAUCAAAACUACCCUGAGAUGAUGAGGAAAGCCCUUCAAUGCAGUAAAAAGCCAAGAAUGAGUUGCCUGCGGCCGCAACCUAAAUGAACGAAUGUUAAGGGACAAUACCUUAACCUUUGAACUGGGCUUCUCCAGCUCUUUCUUUAGGUUGCUAGAAGCCAAGGAGGGGCUCUAGAAAAGAAGCAAAAGCACUUCUAGCUUUGUAUACCCAACCCCUCUAGUGCUUCUUUGAUCAAACUUUGAGGAGGCUGCAGCAGUUGUCAGCUGCUGCAGCCCAUUUGUUGGUGAUAAUGUUGUUGUUAUCUCUGUUUAGCUUGUUUUCCGUCGGAUGAAGGAUGGAUGGGGGGAGAUGCUCGAUGAAAUUGAAUUGGUCGACUUCUUCUCGGGCGUAUAAGCUCAAGCUUGAAACUUCCGAUCCUGAUAUGCUCGAGCCGCUGCUUCUGUUGAGACUGUCUGACUGAAGGACUUCAGAGCUUGGAGACGUGGCGGGCCCAAUUUUCGCCUUGCGGUCGGCACCGCCUGGAUUUGGUUCGCCAUUUAGCUUCUUUGUGUUGAGAAACCGACCGCCGGAGCCCCUUGCUCGACGCAUCGCAUGAAGAUGGCGCGACUUGUGAAGAUAGGGCUGAGAGGAGAGAAAUUUGAGCGAUGUAAAGAUGAUAUGGAUUGAUUCUCUACAGUCUUUGUGAGAUUCUCAACAAAUAUUCAUUUGUGUAAGACGACUAAUCUUCGUGAAUUGUUAUUGACAAAGUAGGUGCUUUUGAGCUUGUGAGGAUUCAUCUUAUAUACCAGGGCCGUGUUUAGUUCAACUACUCUAUAAAUAACAACAACUAUUUUCUUA